GCCACAGCUCCUCGCAGCUCCCGCACCUCACAUUAUUUCCGUCUUUGGCACAGUCAAGUGCUUUGAAAAAAAAAAAAAAAAAAAAAAACAUGACAGUGAAUGAACACCACUGAGAUUUUUUUUUUCCCCGUUACGCCGAGCCUCUGUAUUUCUGAGCGUCUGUCAGUCGCUUUGUGCUUUCUUCGCGAGUGCGCUUCGUCCGGCAUUCUGGGGAAAACUUUCCCCCGAAGGAUUUGGGCAUAAGAGGGACCAAGUCUGCGGGAAGAGGCGAGAAAACACUGCAAGAGGCUGGGCGGUUGGCACAAGACCAGACCAAUGGCACCACGAAUUACCGAUGCGUUGAAAACUGUUUUCAUCUUCAUCAUCCUCUCUUCAGUGUUCACCUGCUCUGCUGGUGACAGCGAAAAUGACCGGGACUUCGAGUUUUGUGGCAAGUGGCGCAAUGGUGGCAAAGCCCUGAAGCUGACCUACAACCUCUCUCCGGGCUGUGCACCGAUCUUGAUCUCGGCCAAUGAGAGCUCUCUGUCCAUAGAGGGACAGAUCACGGCCCAGUGCAACAAGUCCGGUGUCAUCAGCCUGGACCAGUCUGGACCUCCUACAGGGACACACUUCUGUCUGUUUUGGGAGCCGCUGCUGGACCAGCUGCAGCUGCAGGUUGGAGGAGAAACCCACAAACUGUGUGAACCAGCCGGCCUGCAGCAGUCCUGCUGUACUAAUUUGUCUCCCAGCUCCAAUGAACCUGAGACCAGCUACGGCAUCAUCAAUGGCAGCAUCAAAGGCGAUGUGCUCACCAGCAAAAGCCUGGCAGCGUACGGCUUCUUUGGAGAAAGCAUCAACUGCAAGGAGCAGUUCUGCGAUAAAGCCAUCAAAGGACCCACCCAAGUCAACAUGAUUGAGGAAGCUGUGAUGAGGUCAGAGACUGUAGGCAGUGUUGAGCUGCCCUGUGCUCUCAGCUCUGUGGUGGUUAUGAAGGAGGAUUUCCAAGGCUCUGACAUCGUUUUGACGGCCAGCCCAGGUUUACCUCCAGAGUCCAUUCCCUCAAUCCACCUGCCCCCUUCGCUGAGGCCCCCCACAAAGACAUCAGUCAAAGUAGUCUGCACCAUCUUCAAAAAUUCCUCCUUUUUCCAGGAGGGUGGCAUGAGCAUUGUGGACAAUGUGGUGGGAAUCUCCGUGGAGAACGAGAUCAUCAGAGAUCUGUCUGAACCAAUCAGGAUAGGCUUCCAUCACCGCGCCAUACAUAGAACCUUUUCCAGGAAAUGUGUUUCAUGGGACACCAGGAAAGAUCCGCUGAAGGUGAACUGGUUGGAUGACGGAUGUUUAACGAAGCAGAAAGGUGAAAAAGAGACUGAGUGCCACUGCAACCAUCUGACUUACUUCACUGUACUGGUGGAAAUGGAACCUCGACCAGUGCGCCACCUGCUGGCGUUGACUGCCAUUACAUCUCUGGGCUGUGCAGUCUCUGUGAUCAGCUGUCUUGCCCUCAUCAUCUUCCUCUGCAGAAAGAGGAAAUGUAAGGAGCAGUCUAUUCCCAUCCAUCUGGGCUUGGCCAUGUCACUCCUCUUCCUCAACCUGCUCUUCUUCCUCACCGGGACGCUGGCCAACCUGGGAGAGGAGGCUCUGUGCCGCUGGGUGGGGGCAGGUCUGCACUACGCCCUUCUCAGCUCCUUCACCUGGAUGGCUUUGGAGGUUUUCCAGACCUUCAGGCUGGUCUACUUGGUGUUCACCCCACCGCUGAAGCCCUACAUCUGGGGCCUGAUCGGCUUUGGUUUCCCAGCUCUUCCUGUUGUCACCUUGGCCAUGGUGGGUGACAUUUAUGGAGUGAGAGAGGUUGCCCCGAGCGAUGACGUCUCCAAUCCGUACCAGAUGUGUUGGAUGAAAAACAACCACAAGGCCUUGUUGGCUCACUACUUCACCAACGUGACAGUGCUGGCCAUCUUGGUGUUUUCAGGCCUGGUGAUGCUCUUCCUGGUCUACAGGCAGAUCCGCAGAAGGGACGAGUGGAAGCAGAACCAGGUGGCGUUUCUCAGCAUCUGGGGCCUCAGCUGCCUCUUCGGGACAACGUGGGGUCUGACCUUCCUGAACUUUGGUCCGCUCUCUGACAUCAUCCUCUUCUUGUCCUGCAUCCUCAACUCUUUCCAAGGUUUCUUUCUGGUGUUGCGGUUCUACAUGCUGGGCUGGAUGCGAAAACAGACUGGUGGCUCGACUCUUGGAACCAGCAGCACUGGAUCUACGAGACAACACAUGCUGCAGCCCCAGGAGAAGAGCUAGGGUUGGACUCAAAGAUACACAGGGCAGAGCACAUGGAGUAAAUUAAAGCUGUGCUAGGCAGUAUUUGUAUGCUAAAAAAAAUUCAUCCAUCGUAGUACACUGAAAAAAUGAGGCUGCAAAUGAAGAAGUCUGCCCCUUUUGCCAUACAGGAUGUGGCAAAGCACAGCUGAGGAGUGAAACAGAAACAUUAAGUGGCUGUGACACAGCAGUGUGGGAGUGCUCUGUUGAUCUCUCAUUUUAUGAUGUCCUCUGGUGUCAACAGACCAUAGUUUAGCCUUUGAGCAAAGCUGACAGCCCGCUCGGUACUGUUGUUCACUAACUCAGUUAGUCCAAUAUAUUUCUACAUCUUUCAAAAUAAAACAUGUAUGCUUUUUUAGAUUCGCUUAUGUAAAGUAACCUCCUAUAUACUGACUGGUUAAAGUCAACACAGGCAUUAACGGAAAUGAUGCUAUCUUGGCCUCCCUGUUGACCUGAUGCAGUGACUCCACCCAUCUGGUGUUCAAAGCAGGUCAAAACAAAUGUGGAGGAUUAUUUGCAAAUAGCAUAUGUCCCACAUUAUUGCGGACACUUGACCACCUCUCCAGGUGGCAGCUACAUCACUCAGGACCAUGCAGUACAGGCCUGGAGCCUGUAUUUUGUACAAUUUAAAACACCUAGACUGAGUCUAGGCAUAGAAGGGAAAGCAUUUUAUAUGAGAGCCUCAAUUGCAAAGUGGUCUGAGAUAGGUUUAAGCUCCAUUCCAGUCACAUGAACAAGCUGAGGUUUCACAACUAAAAUAUCCAGUUAACAGGGCAUUCAACCUGCAGGGCAUUUCCUGCAAAAACUCUCUUAUUUCCUGUCGACAGACUCAGAUUCUGUCUGCAACACUGGCUGCAAGGAGGCUUGCUUUUUUCCCUCAUGGAUCAAGCUGAACAAAAGUUUAUCUUGAGCCGAUAUAUUCCACACUUCAAGCCCACACUUCACAGCCCACACCUCCAAACUGCUUCUGCUUUAAAAAAUAAUAAUAAUAAUAAGAAGAAGAAAAUAAAGUAUUUGCGAGACAGAUUGUGAAUUUCUGGCACAAGACGCUCCACAGUCUAAACGGGAACUAAUUCAGGUAGCUGCACUGAAAUGACACAUCCACAUUUCACAUUUUCAGUAAGGACAUAAAAAUGUCACUGUGAAAGUUGUUUUGUAUGAACCUUUGAUAAGCUUCUUUUUUUUUUAUUGUGUAAGCUUUCAAUGUAGUUUUUACAGCUCAUUUCAGUCCUUGUAAGUAGCACUUUAGAUUUUAUUCUCUAUUGUAGAAAAGUGUUAUUAUUAGCCAAUGUUGAUUCAAACCUGGCCAGGAUUUUUGUAAUAUGUUGAUAGACCUGUACAAUGUGUUCAUCCAUGUGAUUUAUCUGUAAUGAUAUCUGAAUGUUUAAUUAUGUAUUUGGCCAUCUACUGUACCAAGAAUGACUCACUUUCAGUGUGUCUUCACAUGGCUAUUACCAUUUUUAAGGAGGGGAUUCAGAUAGUAUGAAAAAGAUUCACAUAAAUAUAGCAAUUACAAUUUGAUCUUUGUUUUCAAAAGGGAGCACAAAUAUGUUUUAAAUACAGCCUUAAUCACUGAUGUAUUGAGUCCUGGUUGUGAACUGAAUCCAGUAAUUUGCUGUACUUUCAAACAGCUGCAAGAACAGGGCUCAUAGAAACUGUGAUGUCUGCACUUUUUUGUUUUGUUUCUAUAGAGAUUUUAUAGAAAAAAUAUCACUGGAGUUAUUAUGUAUAUUUGGUGUCUCUAUGUAUAUGUAUGUAUAUUCCGAUGACUG